GCCUCAAGAGCCAGAUAGACUUGGACAGACGGACAGCCACUUUUGCUUUUGGCUACUUAGUAAACUCGGCACGCAACUCAAAGAGCUUUUUUUGGCAGCGAUUCUGUUAAUUGAUAUCGGUCAAUCACGGUAGAAAACAAAGAGAAACAAAACAUUCAUCUUCAUUUCGUUACCAGGAUCAUCUCCAAACGUCGCGAAAGUGAACGACCCCGUCAAAAUCAUGCCUGGAAACUUGGGAUGCGUUAUCGUAGCCGUUGAUGGCAGCGAGGAGAGCAUGGACGCGUUAAGAUGGGCGCUCGACAAUCUCAAGCUCCGAUCAUCUACUCCCGACUCUACCAAAUCUCCCGGUUACUUCCUCGUGCUCCACGUCCAAUCUCCUCCGUCCAUCGCUGCCGGCCUCAAUCCCGGCGCCAUCCCUUUCGGCGGGCCUAGCGGUCUAGAGGUGCCUGCAUUCACGGCGGCCAUCGAGGCGCACCAGAAGAGAAUCACUGAGGUGAUUUUGGAUCAUGCUUUGCAGAUUUGCUCUGAAAGAAACGCAAAUGUGAAAACGCAAGUUGCGAUUGGGGAUCCGAAGGAAAAGAUUUGUGAAGUAGUUGAAAAUUUGCAUGCUGAUUUGCUUGUGAUGGGGUCUCGUGCUUUUGGCCCUAUUAAAAGAAUGUUUUUGGGAAGUGUAAGCAACUACUGCACCAACCAUGCACAAUGCCCUGUUAUCAUUAUAAAGAGCAAGGGCACUUCCUCCCAAGCUUAAGUAGGAAAAUGCUGGUGCUAUCCUGGAGUGGUUUUUUGAAGUGGUACUGCUCUCUUGUUCUGUGCGGGGUGUGUUGCACACUUGCCAAUUAGAGAACUAAGCUAUACCGUGCUGACACCCUUGUAAAUCCCUGUUUCAUGCCUGCAUGUUUAAUUACUUGUAUCGACUUGUAAUGUCUUUAUGGUAAUAUUUGUUCAUUUAUUUUCCUUGUAUUUAUAUUAUUGUUGUACACCUUAAAUGGCCUGAAUAUUUAUUUAUUUAUUUUUUUGCA